GGCCCCGGGGCCCAGCCCAGCCCAGCCGCCAGCAGCACCCUGAAGCGGUGGCGGUGCCACGUCCAGAGGUUCUUCUACCGCCUGUACGCCAGCAUGCGCAUCGAGGAGCUGUUUAGCAUCAUCCGAGAUUUCCCAGAGUCAAAGCCAGCAGUGGAAGACCUGAAAUAUUGCCUGGAAAGGACCAACCAGCGGCAGCAGCUCUUGAACUCCCUAAAAAGCGCCCUGGAAAUGCGGCUUCUCCAUCCAGGGGUGAACACCUCGGACAUCAUCACCCUCUACAUCUCUGCCAUCAAAGCUCUGCGGGAGCUGGACUCGUCCAUGGUGAUUCUGGAAGUGGCCUGUGAGCCCAUCCGGAAGUAUUUGCGGACCAGGGAGGACACCGUGCGGCAGAUUGUGGCAGGUCUGACGGGUGAUGCUGAAGGAUCCGCUGACCUGGCAAAUGAGCUCUCCAAAGCUGAUCCCGUAACGCUGGAGAAUGGCCCAGAGAGCGACGACGACGUCUCUGAACCCGAGGACUGGGUGCCUGAUCCGGUCGAUGCUGACCCGGGGAAGUCCAGCUCCAAGCGCCGCUCCUCAGACAUCAUUAGCCUGCUGGUGAGCAUCUACGGCAGCAAAGACCUCUUCAUCAACGAGUACCGCACUCUGCUGGCUGACCGGUUGCUGCACCAGUUCAACUACAGCGCCGAGAGGGAAAUCAGGAACGUGGAACUGCUGAAGUUGCGCUUCGGAGAAGCCCAGAUGCACUACUGCGAGGUCAUGUUAAAAGACAUGGCAGACUCUCGGCGCAUCAAUGCAAACAUUCGCGAUGAGGAGCAGAAGCUGCCCGAGGAGGAAAGGCCCCCCUUCAGCCUCGUGGCCAUCAUCCUCUCCAGUGAGUUUUGGCCCCCAUUGAAGGAGGAGAAGCUGGAGCUCCCGGGGCAGAUCAAGGAGGCCAUGGAGGCCUAUGCCAAGAAGUACGAAAAGCUAAAGGCCAUGCGGACCUUGAACUGGAAGCACCACCUGGGCUUGGUGAACCUGGAGGUGGAGCUGGCUGACCGCACGCUCUCCCUCUCGGUGUCGCCGGUGCACGCGGCUGUCAUCCUGCACUUCCAGAGCAAGGGCACUCGAACGUUGGAGGAGCUGAGCGAAGCGCUGAAGGUGCCAGCAGCCUCCCUGCGGCGCAAGAUGACCCUCUGGCUGCAGCAAGGGGUGCUGCGGGAGGAGCCCCCUGGGACAUUCACGGUGAUCGAAGAGGAGCUGAAGGACCAUGCAGAGAAGGUGGUGCUGAUUGAUAGCGACGAGGAGGGUGAUUCGGCGAUGGCCUCCCAGGCAGACCAGAAGGAGGAGGAGUUGCAGCUCUUCUGGACGUAUAUCCAGGCCAUGCUGACUAACCUGGAGAGCCUCUCCCUAGAACGCAUCCACAGCAUGCUUAAGAUCUUUGUGAUGACGGGCCCCAUGGUGACGGAGAUCGACAUCCAGGAACUGCAGGGUUUCCUCCAGAAGAAGGUCCGGGACCAGCAGCUCAGCUACUCCGGGGGCGUCUACCGCUUGCCCAAGAGCUGCAACUGAGGCAGGUUCCCCUGGGCUGCCCAACCCCUCAGGGCAGCGCGGGAUGGGAUGAUGUGUGGGGGGUUCUCUCUGACUCUGGUCUGCUGAGCUGUCUUUGCCUGGGUGCGCAUUGCUGCGAAGAGAGGGUGCGGUCACAGGGACCGCUGGACAAAGCGUUCAUUUUUAUUGAUUUCCUGGUUCAUAAUAAAGUGGCUUCUAUCUUA